UCCUAAACUAGAACGAUGAUGACUUGAUUCAACGUUUUCUUGCGCAGUGACGACGAAGCUGAAAGAGAGAAAGAACCCUAGAAGAGCUGGGGUUUGUUGAUCAACAUCGACGAGGAUGCAAUUAACUCUUGAAUUCGGGGGUGGUUUAGAGCUACUCUGUGAUUCUGAAAAAAUCCAUAAAGUAAACGUCGAUUUGCCUAAUGGAGCAGAUGAUUUAACAAUGAAGCAUUUGCUUUCUUGGGUUCGUACAAAUCUAAUCAAAGAGAGGCCUGAAAUGUUCAUGAAGGGAGAUACUGUAAGACCUGGGGUUCUUGUGCUAGUGAAUGACUGUGAUUGGGAGCUAAGCGGUCAGCUCGAUACAACAAUCGAAGACAAAGAUGUUAUUGUUUUCAUUUCGACCUUGCACGGUGGAUGAAGAAUCAGACUCGCCUUUUGAUACUUGCUGUUUGUAGUGUCAGCAAUUACUGAACCUAAUGUAUCUGUUUUACUUGAAAAAAAAUAUUGAUAGUAGAUUUAUCUUAUUAUAAGAACCUUUCUUCACAUACUGUCUAAACUAAUAUCUAUCCAAAUUUGUAUAUCUGUUUACUCUUCGUUGAACCGCUACAAAAUCAACAACUCUACGAGCCUGGUCGUGAGUUAUGGAACAUCUAUUAUUUGCAUC